AUGAGCAGCCAAAAAUCCCCCCUGUCCUGCCACGAUGUCCUGCAAGGCUCUGGCCCUCUGCCUCCUGGGGCUCCUGACUCUCUCCUCCGCUUGCUACAUCCAGAACUGCCCCAUCGGGGGCAAACGCGCUGUGCUGGACAUGGAUAUCAGGAAGUGCCUGCCCUGCGGUCCCCGGAACAAGGGCCACUGCUUCGGGCCCAACAUCUGCUGCGGGGAGGAGCUGGGCUGCUACAUCGGCACCUCGGAGACGCUGCGCUGCCAGGAGGAAAACUUCCUGCCCACGCCCUGCGAGUCGGGCCGCAAACCGUGCGGCUCCGGAGGGAGCUGCGCCGCUCCCGGCAUCUGCUGCAGCAGCGAGGGCUGUGGCACUGACUCAUCCUGUGACCAGGAGCUGCUGUUUGUGUAGCCACCCAGGAGAGAACGCGCAGGAUCCCGCAUCCAUCGCUGUGCCAGCCCCAGCCCGGGCUGUGACUCAGACUGAAGCGAUGAGCUUAAUUAGAAAUAAAACUUGGACAGAAAAACAGCCCAGA